AUUCAGGUCAAUCCAUGAAAGAAAGACCUGCAAAUGAUACUCUCUCUCAUCUUUCUCUCUCUAAACCUCUCCACUCUCUUUCAUUCCGCCAUAGCCAGAGGCUCUGCGCACCAUCGCUCCAAGAACUCAGGUUACAUUGAAAGUACAUAUGGACGUCCGAGGAGGCGGUUGAAUUCCCAGACUGAAUUUAAAAUGUCUGAGGAAGUGUACAUUGAAAAGCUUGAAAAAUUAGCCCAAGGAUAUAUGAGCAAUACUGAUCUCGAGAGGGAAAUGAAGGAAUUUAACAACCGAUGUCGUAAUAUUUCCAGGUUAUACAGCAUGGUGCACACUGAAUUAUUAGUGACAACCAAGAAGUUUCAGAUGUUAGCCUUCUUGUAUGUGCGUUUCGGAGGAAGCAAAAUAGGGAUUGCUGAAAUCAGUAUUGGGAAAAGUGCACUUGGAGUUCCCCUGUGGGCAUUGGAAAUUUCUGACUUGCCUGGGAAAAUAGAGGCUGAGCCGGCUUUCAAGUUCAUCGGAAAUGUGCAUGGCGAUGAACCUGUAGGCCGCGAACUUUUGUUGCUUCUAGCAAAUUGGCUAUGCAAUAAUUAUAUGAAGGACCCCUUGGUGACCUUGAUCGUUGAUAAUGUCCACCUUCAUAUACUUCCAACCAUGAAUCCUGAUGGAUUUUCUCUGAGGCGGCGCGGGAAUGCAAACAACAUUGAUUUAAAUAGAGAUUUCCCAGACCAGGGGGCACUUGUUGCAAAUUACCCAUGGGAUGGAACUGAAGAUAAAAAGAGAUAUUACUAUGGAUGCCCUGAUGACCAGACUUUCAGAUUUUUGGCCAGUUUAUACAGUAGAUCCCACUAUAACAUGUCCCUAAGCCAAGAGUUUCCAGGAGGGAUAACAAAUGGAGCGUAUCCGAUAUAUGGUGGAAUGCAAGAUUGGAAUUAUAUUAAUAGUGGAUGCUUUGAACUUACGCUAGAGAUAAGCGACGAUAAAUGGCCUAAUGCUACUGAGCUUCCAACUCUAUGGGAAUACAACAGAAUGAGUAUGCUAAACCUUGUUGCCAGUUUAGUUAAGACAGGAUUACAUGGACAGAUUUCUUCUUCCGAUAAUGGAAGACCUUUACCAGCAUCAAUAGCUAUAAGGGGGAUAAACUCUACGGUUGCUGCUACCACGAAGUUUGCUGAUUACCAUCGAUUGCUAGCUCCUGGAGGAAAGUAUGAAGUUAUUGCAACCAUGCCAGGAUACAGACCCAAGAGUGCUUGUGUUGUACUCGGGCAGAGUGCAAUUACGGUAGAUUUUGUUCUUGAUCCCGAGACUAACUCUGAGGGUAGUAAGCCUUUAGAGGAUUCUGGCUGCUAUUUUGACAACACAUUCGGAGUUCAAGUCAUGGACUUUAUGCCCGUGCCACGUUUGGAAAUCCCAAGAAGAGUAAGAUCGAAUCAUCUUAACCAAAAACAGACGACGCCAGUGUCCAAACGAGCU